AUGACCCAUGGGGUGGGCCAGGGGCUGGUGGAGCUGGUGGUGGCCCUGGCACAGGACCUGGUGCUGGUGUUCUGGGGGUACCAGGAUUCCCGGAUGAGCGAGAUCGUGUCCAGAAGAAAACUUUCACCAAAUGGGUCAACAAGCACCUCAUCAAGGCCAAUGCUGAUCGACAUGAGCCGGGUGUAUCGUCAGAGCAACCUGGAGAACCUGGACCAGGCCUUCACCGUGGCCGAGCGGGACCUGGGUGUGACGCGGCUGCUGGACCCCGAAGACGUGGACGUGGCGCAGCCAGACGAGAAGUCCAUCAUCACUUACGUGUCCUCGCUGUACGAUGCCAUGCCGCGUGUGCCCGAGGUGCAGGACGGCGUCAAGGCCAACGAGCUGCAGCUGCGCUGGCAGGAGUACUACGAGGUGGUGACGGGGCUGCUGCAGUGGAGCCGGCAGCACUCGACGCUCUUCGAGGAGCGUCGUCUCCCCGCCAGCUACGAGGAGAUCGAGGAGCAGAAGGAGCAGCUGGCAGAGCUGGGGACGCAGCUGGGGGGUCUCGCCCGCCGUGCCAGGACCAUCGUGCAGCUGAAGCCGCGGAGCCCCGGGACCCCCCUGCAGGGCCGGCCCCCCAUCCAGGCCGUCUGCGACUACAAGCAGAUGGAGCUCCCCAGGGUGUCCCCGUGGUGUCCCGCGGUGCUGAGCCCUCCCUGUGUCCCCCCAGGAGAGCAGGACGAGUCGCUGUGCAAGAGCUACAUCUCGCAGCUGAAGGACAUCCGGCUGCAGCUGGAGAGCUGCGAGAGCCGCACCGUGCACCGGCUGCGCCUGCCCCUGGACGCCGACCCGCUGCGCGAGUGCGCCCAGCGCCAGGCCGAGCAGCAGCAAACCCACCUGGAGCUGGAGGGCAUCCAGAAGAACCUGGCCAAGGUCAGCGAGAAGACGGAGCAGGUGCUGGCGCAGCCGGAGCAGGCGGGCUCAGCCCCUGUCCUGCGCUCCGAGCUGGAGGUCACCCUGCGGAAGAUGGAGCAGGUGUACAGCCUCUCCAGCAUCUACCUGGAGAAGCUGAAGACCAUUGGGCUGGUGAUCCGGAGCACGCAGGGGGCUGAGGAGCUGCUCCGCAAGUACGAGGAGCAGCUGAAGGAUGUGCAGGCGGUGCCGGCUGACCUGGCUGAGCUGGAGGCCAGCAAGGCCGAGCUG